AUGCGAUCGAGUCUGACCGUUACGCGGGUCAUCGGCACCUGUCUCACGGUCGCUGUGCCUUUCGCGCAUGCAUUGUCACCGCGCACAGCGAUCUCUGAUUCGUACGAUUUCGUUAUUGUUGGCGGUGGUCAGGCUGGUCUCGUCGUAGGCGCUCGACUGUCGGAAAACUCGAAUUAUACCGUCCUUGUCCUUGAGUCAGGUGGCAAUGGGGAUGAAUAUCGAGAACGUAUAGACACUCCCGCAUAUGCCUACUUUGAUUCGCUAUGGACGACACCUUUGAACUGGGGAUACUACACCGUUCCUCAGCCCAAUGCAAAUGAUCGCGAAAUUUACUGGCCUCGUGGCAAGGUUCUUGGAGGUAGUUCUGCCAUCAAUGGGUUGUAUAUGACCCGCCCGGGAGAGAUUGAGAUCAACGCCUGGAAAGACAUGUUGGGAGAUAUGGACGGGGCCGAUAAUUGGGGAUGGGAUUCCUUCUAUGCCGCGAUGAAAAAAAGCGAGAACUUCACUGCUCCAUCCGAUAGUAUCGCGCAAGAGGCAAACAUCACAUGGAAUACGGCACACCAUGGCACACAAGGACCAAUUCACGCGUCAUAUCCUGGCUUCACGUUUUCUCAAGUUGGGCAGUGGGAAGAGUCAUUGGUGAACAUGGGUAUUGCGGCUUCCAGCGACAUGUACGGAGGUCAGCCAUGGGGCGCGGAGGUAUCUACCUCAUGCAUCAAUCCAACAAACUGGACGCGGUCCUAUAGUCGCACUGGCUAUCUUGACCCGCUUGCAGACAAUGGCAACUAUGAUGUGCUUGCUAAUGCUCAUGUCACUCGCAUUAUUUUCGACAACUCGACCUCGGGAAAUCUCACUGCGAACGCUGUCGAGUACACAACUAAUAACGGCACUACAAAACUUACCGUCAAGGUCAAGAAAGAAGUUAUCCUAACAGCCGGUACUAUUGGCAGUCCAGCUGUCUUGCUUCAUAGUGGCGUGGGUCCCAAGGACGUUUUGUCGAGUGCGGGUGUAGAUCUUGUCUCUGAACUUCCUGGCGUCGGUCAGCAUCUCCAAGAUCACCUUAGCGCAACUGUGACAUGGACCACAAAUGUGGAAACUGCAGGCUCAAUUUUCUACGACAAUGGCAGUGAACGGAACAACCCACUUUUCCUCACUUACAUUGAUGACGCCGUUGCAUAUGUGAACGCCACCGGGAUGUAUGGUAGUAAAGUCGAUUCAUUCAAGACAAGCAUCCUCAGCCAAAUCGAUCAGUACAAACCGAAUACGACUUACGACAGUGGGGUUGUCGAUGGAUACACAGCAAUUUGCAAUACGACCGCAACUACCAUAUUCGAUAGCCCGAUCGGGCAAAUUGAACUUCUCUUCAUGAACAGCGAUGGAAAUGGUGAUGUGGGUAUCACUGCUGCUCUCCAGCAUCCUUAUAGCCAUGGCCGCAUCUAUAUCAACUCCUCUGAUCCGAUGGACUACCCGGUCAUUGACCCGAAUUAUCUCUAUAAUCCGAUUGAUCAUGAGAUCCUACGCGAGGGACUUAAACUUGCACGUCAACUAGGCGAGACUGCGCCAGUCAGCAGUACCCUCACCAAUGAAACAUCGCCUGGCUCGUCGGUUCAAACAGAUGAUGAAUGGCUUGACUGGAUAAUCAAGUCUGCUGGUACUGAAUACCACCCGUCGUCGUCUUGCGCGAUGCUUCCUCGCGAUCAGGGUGGCGUAGUGGACGCAAAUCUUCUCGUCUACGGCCUGACGAAUGUCCGAGUCGCGGACGCGAGUGUUCCUCCUAUUUCACUCUCCACGCAUUUGAUGGCUUCGACGUACGGAGUUGCUGAGCAAGCCAGUAACAUCAUUCGGAAGUAUUACGAUGGGGCCCAGGCGACAACGACACCUUCCUUCAGCUCUACAUCCAACACGACUAGUAGUGCUGUUUCGAGCAAGCACAGUAACGGUAGCGCUCAUCGCAGUGGAAACACCGUUUCGAUUCUUGCUUGGAUACCUUCAGUUUUAACUCUGGUGUUCAGCUGCUGA